GCGCGUCCCGGCUGAGGGCUCGCGGUGGCCGCACGUGGGGGAGGAAAAAACGAGCCUUUGGCUUUGGCAGCGCGCUCAGAGCCUUUCCCUGACGGGAUGCUUAGGAGGGGAGACCGUGAGGUUUCAUGAGUCAGACUGGGCUGUUGGAAGUUUCUCCUGAAGAUGUACAUGUUGGUGGAAAACCGCACGAGUUCUUAUCUUCAUCUGAAGAGGUCACCUGGCAUCCGAUCAUGGUCUCUCUUUGUUGGAAUAGCCUCCAUUGGUUUGGCUGCUGCUUACUAUAGUGCAGACAGCUUGGCAUGGAAACUCUUCUAUAUGGCCGGGUGUUUCUUUGUGGCAGCGCAGAAUCUGGAGCAGUGGGAGGAAGCUGUAUUUGAUAAGAACAAGGGAACAGUCUGCCUGAAGACAUUCAAUCUUUACAAAAAAAUACUGACCUUCUCAAAAGGAGGCAAUGAACAAGUAGUGGCUCUACUGAACGAGAUCCGAGAUGUGAACGUGGAAGAGGAGACGGUGCGAUACUUUGGGAAGGGUUACCUGGUUGUGCUACGAUUUGUCACUGGAUUUUCCCACCCACUGACUCAGAGUGCAGUGUUGGGCUGUAGAAGUGAUGUGGAAGCAGUUGCCAAACUCAUUACUAGUUUUCUGGAACUGGACAGAGUAGAGAGCCAACAAGAUCUCUCUCAGAGCAGCGAAACGGAGGCUAGCGAUGCAGAUGAACCACAGGAUAAAUAUUAAUAGUCAUCAUGAGCUGAAGAAAGCAGAGGUUUUCAAACAUCUGGAAAAUAUACUGAUGGUUCUUCAGAAAAAGAAAUCCCUCACAGUCUUAACCUGGGCAUUUCUCUACACUUGCAUUUACAAUGGGAGGAAUCUCUCUUAGGGCACCUUUUUUAGUGCUAAACUGCUUCAAGAUCCACACUCCCCGUAUUGCUGUUGUAGAGUCCAAACCAAAUUCUGUUUUGUUUGCUCCUUUGCCUUAGUUCCUCUAUGUGGACACUGCUGGCUUUUGAACUUUGUCAGCUCAUCAUACUUGUCUAGAAAUAGUUAUUUAUUAAUGAAUUAGUUUGAAAUAAUUUGUUGCUUUCCUGUUAAUGGAGUGGAGGUACACCUGUAAACUUCCGCUUACUGCAAACAUCUGCUGCAGGUACAGUGUAUGAGAUGUGGAAGAGCUGAAUUUGUAACUCAAACACAGUGCAUUGAGGUUUUUCUUGAAAUCUCAUAAAUGACUGAAUAUAUUGCUAAAUUGGUUUUAAGCAGCUUGAUCUAUGCAGUUAGGUGAUGCAGAACAGUGGCACUUACAUAUUCUCUACUACUGACUUGCCAUUAGAUACCAGUGGAAAUUAAAGUUUGUGUGACUGUCUUGGAAUUGGAAACACCAGGUUGAUCAACUUGUUAUAUUGUUUUACUUUUCUUGAACUUGCCAAGGAGCCAUAAAUAGUAAAGAAAAAUGAUCACGAUGAUUCAACAUUUUUGGGAUAUUUUAGCUUAAUCCUUUUCUGCUUAAAUUCUGGGCAUAGACUACCCCAGGACAGAAUAACCUUUUUCUAGACCUCAACAUUUACUAUUUUAACUGUGUAUUUAGAAAGGAAAAAAAGCACAUUGGUUACUUUAGGUAGGGAAAAGACUGAUGUCAAACAACAUGGUAGCCUAGAUUUGUUUAGUAUUUCCUCACUUGAAAUGAUACCGAAGUGCUAAGUAGUCUUUUUAAGAUAGCUGGGAUAAAUUUGACGUGACCCAUGUUUCACUCCAGGUGUGUAGUGUCCUCUAUUCUGACCAAUGAUUUCAUAGUUAAAAUAUGAAUUUUCCAAUAUAUUUUUGAAGGAAAAGCUACCUCUGUUAGUUAACGUGUUCCAUCUGGAAUUAAAACUUCAUCAUGCCUGUAUUGACAUUAGAGUUCACUAGGGGUUUUUCUUAGGAAUUGUAUGAUCUUAGGAGCUGAAUGAGAAAGUACUGACACAGUUACUCCUAGGAGAUCUGAAGGGGGUACACGAUAACUGUGUGGUCUGCUUUUAUAUUUGGCCAGCAGCAGAUGUUUUCUGGCAGCAGUUUUCUCAGGACUUGAAGCUGCAUUCUUGUUUCAAAGCACUCUACCUCUACAGAAAGCAAGCUAUGAAAAGAUCUCAGCAGAAGGUGUGUCCUGUUGUGUGUUCCAGCUAUGUCUGAAACUAAGCACAUGGUUAUCUGACCAAAGAACGGGUACCAAGAUUUCACUUCCAGCUAUUUAGACCUAGUAUGUGAGCUGAGACAGAUGCUCUCACUGCUAGUUUGAAAGGGUAAUCAAACUGUAAUGGGGAGACAGCUGUUGGUGCAGCUUGACUGCAGCACAAAAGUGGGUCCAUUUCUGUUAAAUAGGAAAAGAAGUUUGUAAUCACAUUAGGUAUCAAAGCAGACCUCUGCUGGUAAACAUGCUUGUGAAGUCCUGUGAGUUGGUGGGCUAAUCGUGUGGCUUUCAAUCUGCCCCACAUCACUGGAAUUGGGAAGCUGCUGUGUGUGACUGUCAGAAAAUUAGGUUGCAGACAAUUAGCUAAAUCUGACCUUUAUUCUGAAGCACAGCUGUAAGCUAAGAAUAAUUGUCAAACCUGUUUAAAAAAAAAUAUUGCAGGGUGUAACACUUUGGAGAGUUAAUUUAAAUCCAGUGUAAUAUAUGCCCUAGGUGUCACUUAUUUUAGAGAGGGGAGAAUGAGAUUGGGAAUUGGGAGAACUUUUUUUUUUUUUUUUAACCCCACCGUGUAAAAUGAGAAUGUCAAGUGUUCCAAGGACUUCCAGUAAAAAAUACUGAAAAAACCCUUAACUAUUUAGUGGUAUAAUGUAAGCAGAAGGGCUCAACCUGCAGAUAACUGCUGCUUUGUAGCCAGGAUAUUCAAGAGUACAUGGUAUGGAUGUGCAUUGCAUUUAUAUUCUGAGGAGUCCACAGAUUUGACCAUGGAUGAAAUGGACAAAGCUACCUGUGUUCAAUCUUAGCUAUACUGUGGGGUUUGGGUUUUUUUUUUGUUUCCAUGAGAGCUAAUAUGCUGUGGACAAUACAAACCAUGCUGUGGUUUUCCAGUUAAAUCAGCUUUGGAAAGGUACGUUUAUUGAUCUAACCCUACUCUGUAUCAUGUGCCCUGCUUCUGCUGAGCUGUCUAGCUUGUACAUUCUUGAUGUUAGUAAUGUAUAUACUUAUGGACUAUGCACUAUCAUUAUACAAAGGCUAAAACAAUCCCUAGAAUGCACAUCCCUAGAAAGGAGAAUGACCUAUAGUAAGAUAUAAACCAGCUUGAAAUACAUUCUGUUGAGUAGGUUGCAUUUUGAGUUGAAGUCCAGUGAUCAGCUCUUUAAAGAUGUUCAUUAGUGUCCCCCUCACACCUCAGUACCCUACUGAUGGUGGGUAGGAGAGGGCUGACUGGUGCAUGCCAUGUGCGUCAAGGAGAAGUUUUGACUCCUCAGCCGUUCACUUGGAACAGCUGGUGUAAUCCUCUCCCUGUGCCAUUUCCGUUUUGCAUUUGGCAGCUCUGUUGCCAUCCAGACGAGUACAGUUUCAAAUGGGAACCUGAAUUCCGUAGGCUGAGCUACGUGAAGCGGGACUGAAUAAAUUUUUCCAAUGCUGCAGGCUCUGCCUGCAGGCCAUAUGUUGGGCACUGCUGGCUGGUAUGGACAGCCGAGAGCUGCGUCUGAUGCUGACCUACAGUGCAGGCAGAGGAUGUCUGGCCUUGGCAGUUGGAUGCUGCACACGAACGUGUAUCACAGGCUGAUGUGUAUUACCCUUGAUCCAGGUUUUGGGCUUCCUGUCUUCAAAAACUGUUUGUCUUUUGUACUUGGACGAUACAGCCAGACUUUUCAUGUUUUGCAGUAACUGUGCAUGGAAAAUUAACUUGCAAAUUGUUGUGAACAUGGAUUUGGUUAUGGCUAUGUCUGUGGACUCCUCAGCGAUGUGAUUCAGCUUGAAGGAACUGUCUAGAACAGCAGGUUCUAACCUGGGACAGGUUCUGCUCUUCCCUCUUGCCACUAGUCCUCUCAUCCUCUUCCUGCCACUUUUCACCAUUUUGCUGAAGAAUUUUUUUGUAUGGUUUUCCUCACUUCUCUUGGACCUAGCAUACUGAAAAGGCCCAGUAAAUGUAGUCUUAUGUGUGCCUGAUGUAAAGUGGCUUGUAUUAAAAGGAAUGAUGUGAAAUACUCCUAGAGGAGUAUUACAGGUGAAUUUGUGAGUUUUUGCAUCUCAGGCUGUCUAGUAACUUGAGACUAGACAGAUGUAGUUUGACUUACAAAUGAUUUGAAAACUUGUGUAAAAGAUCUUUAGGUAGAUGUAACUCCUGCUCCAUAAAGCCAGUGCUUUCUAUUGUGUCCUUUAAUAUAAGUGUAUCAUAAAUGCCAUUUGGCAGAUGCUUCAGCUUAAAACUUGAGCAGCACAUCUGAACUUACCCGCACGUGUGUGGCUGGACAGGUUCACAGCCUUAGCUGUCACACUGAACCAGGCUGCAUGUUGUACAAAGUGAGAAAGUUGUAUCAUCUCAGCUACAAUCUAAAUUUCUGAUGUUUUACAGAAUAAGAUACUCCAGUAACAAGGAUCAAUUGUGCAAGUCUCAAAGAAAAUGCAAACAUGUGUACCAUAUAGCUGAGAUUGACUCUUGUGCUGUAUUUAUGACGUUACACAGAUACCAAAAACUAAGCUGGUUUACAUAGUAAAGAGUGCUGGUUCUGACACUGUAGUAGAUUGCCGAGAUGCAAAAAUACUUCCAGAAAAUGUUUAGAAAUCGCUUUUCUACUUUAAAACUGCAAGUAGACUUUUCAGCAAGGCCUUGUAUAUUGUCUUUUUAAAACAAGUCCAUUGAUAAAAUCAACUUUGAUAAUUUGUUUUGUGUCACUAGUAUUUUAUUUUUCAUUAAAAUGUAUUAAACUAUAUUGAUGGUUGUGUGAAUCACCAUUUGGCACAGACCUACUUGAAGGAGUUAAUGGGGAGAGGACAGAGUCCAGGAAGCCCAAGUACCCAGCUCUUUACUGACCCUGCUUUCACUUUUACAGCAGUCCACUCUCAAUUUCAUAGAAGCCAAUAUAACCAACUCUAUGGGUGAACAUAUUUCCAUUUUUCCCCCUUUAAACCAAACCAACAUACCAGGUGCAAAACAAAGGCAAAUUUCUAUAAACAUUUUGAGUAGCAAAGGAUUUAUUAAAGUAAAAUAAAUUAAGAUCUUUUUUAGUUCAAGGUAUGUGACUUUUGUAGUUACGGUAUACAUAGCAAUUGAUUCUUUUUAAAUAAAAACCCACAUGUGGACCUAACUCCUCUAGCUCUUAUUAAAUAAGUUAAAGAUUUGUCUUAUGCUGUACUUAGUGUACUUUCUGUAUCUAGAGCUAUACUGUUUAUAAUAGACUGUUCCAAGAAAAUUUCAAUACCUGUGCUUCCAAAGUAAGACUUUCAAGAAACCAACAAAGGAAGUAAACAAGUAAAGAGUAUUUUGAAUAUUCAUGGUAGUGUAGUUAACUACCAGAGUUUUGAAUUAUUUUCCCUUGUGAUUAUCUUAAUGCUCCAGUUAUGUCCACAAAAUAUAUUGCUAUACUUUAUUUAAUAAAAUUCAACAUUAGAGCAGAAUAAAACUUUUUUCCCACAUACUCAGUAGACUUAAGUUUUGCUCCAAAUUUGGAUGAACCUGCAGUCUCAGGUCUUACAUAGCAAAGUAGGUGCCUUAAAGUGACUGGGAUGGUGCUUUUCUGUGGGGAUAAAACUAUGCUUAGCUUAGAUGAUGCUUUGGUAAAAGGUCAAGCCCGAUGUGUUAAGGCAGCUUUACCUACAUGUCCAAGUGUCACCUUCAUUAUUGGUAAGAAGCUCCUUUUCUGGAGCUCCCUCUUGCUCUGUACAUGUUCUUUAAUACAUCUGCUGUAACCUCAUGAGCAGCUAGACAGCAGUUCUUGC